CGUCACCUGGGGGACGAAGUGAAGGAGAGCGUCGUAAAGUGUGAUGUUUUGGAGCGGGGAGGUCAUUGGAAAGUGAGCUUGUUUGAACGGUUUCGGGGGACAGACCGCAGCUGCUACCACAGAGUAGCUUUACUAAUAUCCUGCUGUUUUUUCAGGCGAAUUCACUAUUAAUAAUGUUGCGUUUAGCUUUGCGGGUGAGGUCGUCUGCGAGGCUUACCCGGCCCAGUGUCCUCUCGGGCCCUGCUGCCAGUCCUCGGUCCGGACCGGUGUCAUGCCAACAUCUCAAACGAUACCACUCCAACGGCCCGGUCCGGAUCCGGAGCUUGUGUCACGGUCGACGUUUGUACAACAGCAUCCUUAGCAAGAGAUCGGGGCUGUUGAACAGCCAAACGGCCGCUUUCAGUCAAAGCAUGCGAGUGUACAGCUUGCCACCCCACCAGAAGGUGGAGCUUCCUGCUUUGUCCCCCACAAUGCAGACGGGCACCAUUGCACGAUGGGAGAAGAAGGAAGGUGACAAAAUCAACGAGGGAGAUCUGAUCGCUGAGGUUGAAACAGACAAGGCUACGGUUGGAUUUGAACUGUUGGAGGAUUGCUACAUGGCCAAGAUCUUGGUUCCAGAGGGUACGAGAGAUGUAGCCAUUGGAUCCGUCAUCUGUAUUACUGUGGACAAACCUGACCUCAUCCUUGCGUUUAAGGAUCUAACAUUGGACAAACUCGCUGGCUCCACCACAGCAACAGCAGCAGCGGCUCCGGCACCCCCGCAAAUUCCUGGAAGUUCUUACCCAGCCCAUAUGAAGGUUCUUCUCCCAGCUCUCUCUCCCACUAUGACUAUGGGCACAGUGCAGCGCUGGGAGAAGAAGGUGGGUGAGAAGCUUAGUGAGGGAGACCUGCUGGCUGAAAUUGAGACGGAUAAGGCAACAAUUGGUUUUGAGGUCCAGGAAGAGGGCUACCUGGCCAAGAUCUUGAUUUCAGAGGGCACCAGAGAUGUUCCUCUUGGUACACCUCUCUGCGUCAUUGUGGAAAAGCAAUCUGACAUCAGUGCAUUUGCUGACUAUGUAGAAACUGGUGUGGCUGCAAGUCCACCUCCUGCCCCCACACCGGUGGCUACCCCACCACCAGCAGCAGCUCCCACCCCAGCACCUACUGCUGCACCACCAGCUGUUCCUUCUUCUGCUAGGAAGGGCAGGGUGUUUGCCAGCCCUCUAGCCAAGAAACUCGCAGCUGAGAAGGGGAUUGACCUUGCCCAAAUCACAGGAACUGGACCUGAUGGAAGAGUGACCAGGAAAGAUAUUGACAGUUUCGUUCCAUCUAAACCUAGUCCUGCCCCAGCUGCAGCCCCUGCUGCACCCGCAUUCACACCUGACGCCACUCCAGCUGUCGCUGCCGUACCUACUGGAACCUUCACCGAUAUCCCCAUCAGCAACAUCCGCAGGGUGAUCGCCCAGAGAUUGAUGCAGUCAAAACAAACUAUUCCCCAUUAUUACUUGUCUGUGGAUGUCAACAUGGACCAAGUGCUCGAACUCAGGAAAGAACUCAAUGUUGAGGUGAAAGCAGAUAACAUCAAACUCUCAGUCAAUGACUUUAUAAUCAAGGCCUCGGCUCUAGCGUGUUUAAAGGUGCCAGAGGCCAACUCUUCCUGGAUGGAUACGGUCAUCAGGCAAAAUCAUGUGGUGGAUCUUAAUGUUGCAGUCAGCACGCCUAUGGGUCUGAUCACUCCCAUUGUGUUUAAUGCUCAUAUUAAAGGCCUAGCAUCUAUCAGUAAAGACGUAGCUGCGUUAGCUGCUAAAGCACGAGAGGGAAAACUGCAGCCACAUGAAUUCCAGGGUGGCACCUUCACUAUUUCCAAUCUGGGAAUGUAUGGAAUCAAGAAUUUCUCUGCUAUCAUUAACCCUCCUCAAGCAUGCAUUCUAGCUGUCGGUGGCUCAGAACAGAGACUGCUUCCUGCAGACAACGAGAAAGGGUUUGAUGUUGCUAGUAUGAUGUCUGUGACUCUGAGCUGUGAUCACCGGGUGGUAGACGGCGCUGUAGGUGCACAAUGGCUGGCUGAGUUCCGCAAGUUCUUGGAGAAACCGUUCACCAUGCUCCUGUGAGCAGAGCCUUAACACGGCCCUGGCCUGAAAACAGUGGACUUUAAAGAUUUGGAGACAUCUCUCUCAUUGGUUAUACUGUAUGCUCUCCCUGGGAUAUAUAACAGGUUGUUCCCUCUCCUUUUUUUUUUUGUCCGAAUUGUAUACAUUUUCCCGUAUGCUGUAUUUUUACAUACUUCCCAAAGCAUAACAUUUUCGCUCAACCCAUUGUUUAGGUCACUUUGUGGAGUUUCAGGGGAUAUUGCCGGAAAGGGUUUUAAUUUUCUUUCAAGAUAUUGUUACAAGCACCGCAAGUCUGUGUAUGCCAUUUGAACAAGGAGUAAUGUCUGUAUCCACGGCCAAGUCUUAAUGGCCUUAACUCCGAGCAUUGGUAUUUUACCUUGUAUCUGUGUGUUGAUAUCACAUUCAUUGAAACAGGAUGAGUACCUUCUAUAUAUACUGUAAGAAAAACCUAAAUGAUAUCUGGAGAUGCGUGUGCCAAAAAUUAGGACUACAAUUGGAAUUUGUCAUUCUUCGUGCAUAUGUUUAUUAUCUGUAUUACUGUAUUAGUUGCACUUUCAUAUGGUCACUCUGUGAGUCAUAUAUACCUGUAUGGUAUACGUGAUGGUUUCUCAUGGGUGCAGGGUUUUGAUUUGGGCAAUUUUAUUUAUUACAUCUCUCACUCCAGGCAGACAAAGCACAGUAGUGCCUUUGCUCCUGUUUAUAUCAAAUACGUUUUGGUCUUUUUAAAUAGUGGCAAUAUAUAAUUCAUUCUUAAAGAGAAACGCAUAUUUCACGGGGUAAACUGCUUAAAUAAACCUUAAGAGAAAGAAAAGACCUCAAGAUGCUAUAAUAUACAUAGAUGACUGAAUAAAUGUGUUUUUAUUUCAUAGAGAACAUUUGACUCGAGCGGUAUGACAUGCAGUCACACUAGUGGUUUUUGACAACUCUAAAGGGAGAUUUUUUUCCACGAGGGACAAAAUGUGACCAAUAUCACAAUUUAAUUUGACAGAUGAGAGGGAAUAAACAAAAGAAAAAACUGAAAAAUAUGUUGCCUGAUAUAUUUGAAAUCUUACCCUAAAAGACAUGCAGUAAAUGUCACCAGAUAUUACUGGUCCACCAUAUCUUGAUUAUGAGUAACAAAUAAAAAAGACAGUUCCUUUUAAACACAGGUUAUAUGUUCUAUUAGUUAAAGGGGUAGUUCACCCCCCCCCAAAAAAAAUUCUGUCAUUUACUCGUUUUCAAGUUGUUCCAAAUCUAUUUAAAAUUCUUUGAUAUCUGGUAGAACGCUUAUAAACAAACAGUUCUUGGACAGUAUUGACAACAACCAUUGUAGGAUUUAUAUAUACAUAGUUCUGUUGAACACAAACAAAGAUAUUUUGAAGAAUGUAGGACAGCAAACAGUUCUGGGGCACUUUUGACUACCAUUGUAAUUUUUCCUUCUAUGGUAGUCCAAUAUCUUUUUGGUUACAAGCAUUUGUCCAAAAAUCUUUCCCUGUGUUCAACCAAACAAAGAAAUGCAUACAGGUUUGGAACAAGUAGAUUCAUGCCAGAAUGUUCAUUUUUGUGUGAACUAACAUUGGUUACAUAAUUGCCUAAUAUUAACAGAAAAAAAUGUUUCAUUAAAUGUUGAAUUAACAGUAAUAUUUCCUAAAGGGUAUUGAUCAUUGUAAGUUAAUGUUAACAAACAGACCCCUAGUGUGAAGUGGGGGUGUUUUAUGUCUUUUUAUGACAUACAUAGUUGAAUCAGUUGAUAUUUCAGGCUGUUUUGGCAACUGAGCAGUUCAAUAGUGAAACGACUUUUAAUCUUAAACUGCAGACUGCUGUGAUAUGAACUUGAAUGGUUAUUCGACACGAUUCAGUCACAAUGUUUCCACAGCAGUAUAUUGUAAACAAGUACUAUAUUUUCUAAAAUAAGACAAAACGCAUUAACUGAAACCACUUAAAUUAAGAUACUAAUGUUAUUUUAUGUAUAGUUAAUGAAAGAGAGGGGUUAAUAAAUAUACAUCUUUCGAGUUA